CUGCAGCUUAUUUAAAUGGAAUGACUGGAAUUAUCAAUUAUGUUGUUGCUUUUGUAUUAGCAACGGAGGUUAUUUCGGUGAAGUCAAGAAAUUUUAUGGCUAUUUGUUCAUUAUAUUCAUUUUCCAUCGGAUAUGCUAUUGUUCCGUUGAUUGGCUAUUAUACACAAACAUGGCGUUCAUACUUAUGGGCAUCCAUGGUACUUGGCGCUUUGAUCUAUCUUCCGGGCUACUGGCUGUUUCCAGAAUCACCACGUUGGCUAUUGACAGUCGGUCGGAAAAAUGACGCGAUUGUAGGUUUGAAAAAAAUGGCAAAGAUGAACAAAAUGAAUAUUGAUUUUGCAUCAAUAAAAAAAGUACAAGGAGUUGAUUUCCGUAAUACGAUGGCAUCUUUGUCAGGGCCAAUAGAGACGCUUCGCAUAUUUUUCAAAUCUACAUUAACCUCUAGAUGUCUGGCAAUUUUCUUCGUUUGGUUUGUAGCAGGUCUUGUUUACUACGCAAUAUCGUACCACUCAAAGAGCUUCAGUGAUGAUCGAUACUUAAACAUAUUGUACUCAGCAUUGGCGGAAAUUCCCGCACUUGUUAUUGCAUAUUAUGCAGUCAACAUUUUCGGCCGUCCAAGAUGCACAACUUUCUCUCUUUUGAUCUGUGGAACUUCGAGCAUUAUCCUACCUUAUUUACCAGAAGACAUUUCUUUAAUCAGGACAAUAACAUCUAUAAUCGGAAAAGGUGCUGUAAGCGCAGUGUUUUAUAUCACCUACUUGAGCACAUCUGAAAUAGCCCCCACUCUACAACGAAGCGCAGCAAUGAGCAUGGCAUCAUUCUGCAGUCGUAUUGGAGCGAUCGUCGCACCAUUCGUCAUGUUCAUGAAUAAAAUUCAAUACUCUAUACCAAACUGGAUAAUGGGUGGAUUGACAAUUCUGAGCGGAAUCAUUUGUAUCGUUCGCAUUCCGGAAACAAUAGGAGUGGAGAUGCCAGAUACAAUUCAACAAGCUGAAAGUAACAAACGAUACUAUGGAUUCAAUAUAUUUCGAAAAUUCGAACCAAAUAAAUAUACCAAUCAAAGCAAGGAUAAUCACACGGAAAAGAAAUUGACAAACUUGCGUAAUACAAUUGUUUCUUUCGUACACAUACUGAAAACUUACGAGUAG